AUGAGAGGAAGCAACCCAAUUGCUUUCAAUCUGAGAACUGAUGAGCAACCAACGCCAGGCAUGGCAGCGCAAGAUCUGUACGGCGAUAUGUUGAAAAAAGUGCUAGAAUCUGUCCAGGCAAACCUGGAUAAAUUGGCCAGCGAAGCAAAAAGAACAAACGACAGGCACGAAGAAACAAUGAAAAUCCUGAGGGAUAAUUUCAGUCCAACAACAACAAGGAGAAGAGGAAGAACCGAAAACGCAAACCCAAGCCGACAAGAGCCAACCAGAGGAAGAAGUGACAAAAGAAGAAAACCCAGAAACAAAGGAGGAGACGAGGAAAGAAACGAGGGAAGAAACAACAUAAAUCAACGAGAAAAUGAGAACAAGAGCGACGAAGAAUGCCCAGAAAAUCAAGAAAAUGGAAAAGACAAAUCCGACGAACAAACCCCCAGAGAAACACCCAGAAAUGAGCAAAACCAGGAUGAUGCCCGAAGCGGGCUAAACUCGAAAAGAGAAGAGCGAAGGGAGAAAGAAAAAGAAGAUGCACCACCCGAGAGUAAAUGA